CUCCGCGAUGGGAGCCGCGGCGGUUGCGGCGCACGGCCCGCGCUCCUCCCUCGCCUCCUCCUCUUUCUCCUCCUCCUCAGGGCUCCAGUCAGGCCGAGCCGCUUCGCUCACGGUGACAACUUACAGAACGUCAGAUCUGCAACUUGAUGGGUGACAGUUCCUCUCGACAGAAAGAUAAUUUAAAAAUGGCAGAACUCUUUAUGGAAUGUGAAGAAGAGGAGCUAGAGCCAUGGCAGAAGAAAGUGAAAGAAGUUGAAGAGGAUGAUGAUGAUGAUGAUGAUGAUGAUGAUGAUGAGCCCAUCUUUGUUGCAGAGAUAGCAAGUUCAAAACCAGCAAUUUCAAAUAUUUUAAACAGAGUUAACCCCAGCUCACAUUCACGAGGAAUAAAGAAUGGUGCACUUAACCGAGGUUUUACUACUUCAUUCAAGCCUACAAGUCAACGCUUCCCAAAUCCAGCAUCAAAUCCUGUGGCUGCCUUGCCAGUAAAUUUUCAUCCUGAAUCUAGACCUUCAGAUAGUUCUGUUAUUGUUCAACCAUUUUCUAAACCUGGUUAUAUAACAAACUCUCCACGAGUUGUGUCUAAUAACUCUUCAGAGUUACUGUUUGACCUGACCCAGGCUACAGGAUUAUCACAUUACCAAGCGGGACCAUCACUUUCUAUUGCAGGUUUGAAUGAAACUUUAUUUUCAUCAAAACGCCCUUCUGGUUCUGACAUAAGCAGUGUUAACCCAAAAAAGCCUAAACCCGGUGACAAUAUUUCUGGAGCAGAUGCCUCUUCUAUAGUCUCUUUAGAAAAGCCUCCAUCAGUGAUGUCUCUGCAGGUGACACCAUCACAAGGUGCAAAUUGCUCAUCAAAUCAAUCUAAAAAUGGAACAACUUUUCCAAGAGCAUGUCCUAAGUGUAAUAUUCACUUCAAUCUUUUGGAUCCUCUGAAAAAUCACAUGACGUAUUGUUGUCCAGACAUGAUAAAUAACUUUUUGGGAUUGACUAAAAUAGAAAUUGCAAAUACAACAAAUGACACUAAAGCUCUUGAUUCAGAGAAAGGAAAAUUGAUCAUGUUAGUUAAUGACUUUUAUUAUGGAAAACAUGAAGGAGAUGUCCAAGAAGAACUGAAGACUCACACAACCUUUAAAUGCUUCAGUUGUUUGAAAGUUCUCAAAAAUAAUAUUAGGUUUAUGAACCACAUGAAACACCAUUUGGAACUUGAGAAGCAGAGCAGUGAGAGCUGGGAGAAGCACACUACUUGCCAGCACUGCUACCGCCAGUUUCCCACGCCCUUCCAGCUGCAGUGCCACAUCGAGAGCACACACACGCUUCAUGAGUUUUCUACCAUUUGUAAAAUCUGUGAGCUAUCGUUUGAAACUGAACAGAUUCUUUUACAACAUAUGAAGGAUAAUCAUAAACCUGGUGAAAUGCCGUACAUCUGCCAGGUUUGCAAUUACAGAUCAUCAUUAUUUUCUGAUGUAGAAUCUCAUUUUAGAACAUCGCAUGAAAACACUAAGAAUUUGCUAUGUCCGUUUUGCCUCAAAGUUAUUAAAAUUGCCACACCCUAUAUGCAUCAUUACAUGAAACAUCAGAAAAAGGGAAUACAUCGUUGUACCAAAUGCAGAUUGCAGUUUUUGACAUGCAAGGAAAAAAUGGAUCACAAGACUCAACAUCAUCGAACAUUUGUAAAGCCCAAGCAGCUAGAAGGACUGCCCCCUGGAACAAAAGUUACUAUUCGAGCUUCAGUUGGACCUCUUCAACCAGGAUCUUCAGCUAUACCUUCCAUCAGUGCAAGCUCUUCUACCCUCCAGCUCUCACCUCCAAGGACUGAAAAUACAACUGCUAAAAAUCCCACUAAAUUGAAUACAAGUACACCGAAUACAACUGUAUCUAAUCCCAAUCAACCUAAUGAAACCAAGUCUAAUGGAAAUAAAUCUAAAAUCAGGUCAAAAGUCUGUACUACACAGAAGAAACAAAGCACACUCGCUAAUAGUAAUAAGAAAAGUAAGGUGAAUACAGCAUUGAGGAACUUAAGGUUACGUCGAGGUGUUCACGAGUGUAUUGAGUGUUGUUCUGAAAUAAAAGAUUUUGCAAACCAUUUUCCUACAUAUGUCCACUGUAGUUUUUGCAGAUACAACACUAGCUGUAGCAAAGCCUAUGUAAAUCAUAUGAUGAGCUUUCAUAGUAACCGUCCAAGUAAAAGGUUUUGUAUAUUUAAGAAGCAUUCGGAAAAUCUCAGGGGCAUUUCUCUAGUGUGCCUUAAUUGUGAUUUCCUAACUGAUGUUUCUGGCUUAGAUAAUAUGGCCACACACUUAAGUCAACAUGAAACUCAUACUUGUCAAGUCUUAAUAGAGAAAGUUUCUGUUUGUAUCCCAACUUCUGAACGUCUUUCUGAAUUAAAAACUGAAGCUCCCACUAAGGGACAAGAAUCUGUGUCUAAGGAAACAGCAAGACAUAAUACAGCUGAAGGAGAAACAGGAGCAUCACAUUCUGAAGGUAAGCAGGAUAAAGCUCCUUCAUCAGAAGAAGACGGUGGGUGUGAUGCAAGUGUAUGUGAAGCUGCAGCAGUAGUAGACUGUGCAGGAAACGAAACAGUUUCAGAUACAGAACAGGAAAGCAGUUCAAAGAAUAUCUUCAGUCACGAUUCAGAUGCUGGAACAGAUAAUACGGAAAAGGAAGAACAGACACAGCACACCUGUGAGGAAAUGGAACUGAAGGCACACCAGAGUUCAGAAAACACAGAUUCGUGUGAACAGAGUGAAGAGCAUGACUCCCCUGCAGCUGAGUUUUCUUCAGAGUCUGCGCAGGAUUCGCAGUUAAUGUCAGGGGGUGUUGGCAUUGAUCAGUUUCUACGGCAAAGAGACGAAUCUGAAACUGUGAGUUCUGAUGCUAGUGAGCAAGGCAGUGUUCGUUUGGAACCUUUAACGCCAUCAGAGGUACUUGAGUAUGAAGCUACGGAGAUUCUUCAUAAGGGGGAUGGUUCUUCGGCCAGUAUCAAUGAUGCGAUGUCUGAUCAAACAGGUGGCAGUCCUGGAGGAAGUAGAGCAGAGACAGCAGUAGACCUGGCAGAUAGAAAGAAAGAAGCUGAAGCAAUGUAGUCAUUCCAAGUUUAGUUCCCAGCAGAAAGCACUUAGAGCAGUGCUGUCCGGUGAGCACGGAAGUGCCGUGGCAGAGGUCAGCAGUGAGAGAUCUGAGGGAGGUCCUUCAUACACUUCACCUGUAUGUUCUAUCUUGUUAAGUCAGUUUGCCAGUAAUAGCAUGGUUAGUAUGAAUUUCCAACUUUUUAAAAACCUGAGCAGAACUUUAGUGAAAACUAAGUUUGCCAUCCAAAGGUCUUUUAGCACUUUUUAAGAAAUCUUGUUCACCAGUAUGAAAUUAUUAUAAGAAUAUUAGCUAUGUUAAUCAGACUUUUCAAACUUUCAUUAG